UCUUAUUCAAGCAUGGUUGAUAUUCUCGCGAAACAAUGUCUUUUCUGUCCAAUCAGACGAAGCGGCUUCGCGCCCGAAUCCCGUUGCGGCGACGUUUGAGGAUUGGCGACUCCGGCCGGCCGGGCGGCGUGGCUUGAGCGCUGCGGAGCGUAGCCAGCUCGGCAGCGCGGCGUCGUCCGAUUGGCUGAGACGGUCGAAGACGGAGUCUGUCGAGUCCCGGCACCGGGGCAGUCGGGCGGAUGGACGAGGGGAAAAGGAAGCGGCUGGCGCCUUGAAGAAGGCUCGAAGGGCUCGGCAAUUGGUGGAGGCAAAAGCGUCCUGUUGCGGCAUCUCCUGCUUCUCCACGCCCGAAUGCAAAGCCUACUACCAGCCGCAGUGCCUGCACACGCCCGGCCCGAGUCCCGCAGCUCGAAACCGCGCCGAGACGGAGCAGGCCAGCGCUCAGGACGUCUGCAUGGAGGGUAGGAGGGCGCAGUUUUUCACACUUUCACUCUCAAAUCAGCAACCUUCUUUCUUCGCACAAAACCAACGUCCAAUGCCGAAUUCAUCCACCCAAUCCACACUCAAUCUCGCUUUACACUCUUAUUAG